CCUAAAAGAGGAUGAACUCCUUACUGAAGAACAAAUAAAUGAAUACUUAUAUUUGGAAGCCAUUGGGCAGUUGCAAGAAAAUAGGGAACAAACUGCCCCUCCUAGCCAGUCCCAGUCCCAUAAUAAUAGUUGGCUAAUACCAGUGCUAAUUUUACUGAGUCUUUUAGCACUAGGAGUACUAGGA